AUGAUCAAUAGAAGAGUAGGUAUUAGGAUCCCAACUAAACUGAGUAUUCCAAAGCAGGACUUCAGCCAGUCAUGGGAAAUAUUAGAAAGUGCACUAAACCACAUAUAUGCUGAGGAUACGGAAAAACUGUCAUUUGGAGAUUUGUAUAGGACAAUUUAUACACAAGUACUAAAUCGUAAUGGGGAAAAACUGUAUUCGGCCUUCGAAGCCUAUAUGGCCAAGAAACUUGAUGAGAUAAGGGAAUUGACGUUCACUGAGCAUGUAUUAAGCGAUAAUGAUUCAUUUCUGCUUGAAAUGGGAGAGCUGUGGAAGAAACAAUCUGAUAUUCUGAAAACGAUCAGUGAUCUUACGAUAUAUAUGGAUAAAGUUUAUUCAAAACCAAACAGAGUGCCAGAAAUACACGAGUUAGGUCUACAAAUAUUCAAAAAGCAUAUAUUAAUGAAAAUCAAGGAUCAAUUACUAAAUAGUAUACUUGCCGAUAUCAACUCUGUUCGUGAUUGCCAAGAAUUAGAUCUUCAGAAGGCUCACUUAUGGAAAUUGCUUGUUUCUAUGAUGGAAACUAUUACAGAUACUAAGGAUACAUUUUACCUAAACUAUUUUGAACCAAAAUUCCUUAACGAUACUGGACUAUAUUAUAAGAAAUCAUUCACACCUACAGAUAAAUCUGCCACAGAGUGCCUGGAAAAGAUUAGAGUUCUUCAAUCAUUUGAAAUUGAAAUGUGCGAGGACUAUCUAAACAAAGAUACCAUAUUAAAAUUAAAUCAUGUGUUAGAAGAGGUUCUUUAUAACCAGAAACUUAAUAUUCAUGUCCCAGAACUAAUCAAAAUCUCGUUUGAACAAGACAAUUAUGAAUUAUUGGACCAAAUAUACACUGUUUCAUUAUCUGAUGAUUAUAGGCUCCAGAUUGUGAAUGCAAUUAAAUCAUACAUGCUAAAACACUGUAACAACUCUGAACCGAAAGAAAUUCCAAAGAAGAGGUACUUAUAUGCUAUACAAUGGACCGCAAGAGUUCUCGCAACAUAUAAAAAGUGUCAUGAGUUCCUCUCCAAUGUCAAUUUUGGAUCUGUAGUUGUCAGAAAAAGUGAAGCUGAUAAUGAAACAGAAACAAAAGCUUACAAUUCAGCUGUAAUCAGCAAUGAAGUAUUUUCUGAGUACUUGAAUCAAGAUGGUAAAAGAUCAUCGGAAUUUGUGACGAUUUACCUAGAUUCAUGUUUGAAACUGUCAAUAGAGAAACAAAAAUAUAAACAAGUGAAACAGGAUUUAGAUGCCGCUGUAAAGCUGUUCAAGCUUCUGCAGGAAAAGGACAUUUUUUCGCAAUACUACCAACAGCAGCUGUCCAAGAGAUUAUUACAACAAAAGUCAUCUCUAGACUUAGAGAGAUGGUUAAUAACUCAGAUCAAAAGUGAAAUGGGCUCAUUAUUUACAUCAAAACUUGAAGGUAUGCUAAGAGAUGUAAAUUCUUCCAUCGAGCUAUAUAAGACUUUCCAAAAUACUACAAAGGAAGCGGUUGCUGGAUUUAUGUUCAAGCCUCAGAUUUUAACUCCCACAUCUUGGCCAUUUCAAGCUCCAGAUCGCGUAGACCCAAACUUCAAGCUGCCUGAAACCUUACAGGGUAUCCAGGAUAGUUUCGAAACAUUUUACACUAACAAAUAUAACCAAAGAAUUUUGAAGUGGUCUCAUCAUUUAAGCUCAAUUGAAGUGGGAUAUCAGUUUGCGAAGACCUAUCAUGAGAUUCACUUGCCAAUAUAUGCCGCAUCAAUAUUCUUUUUGUUUGAAAAUCAUGACAGCUUAACCAAAGAUGAGAUACAGGAUAUGACAGGUUUACCCGACGUUGAGCUAGAUAAACUGUUGCUAUCCAUGACUACCGCUCCCAGAUCAAAGAUACUUGUUAAAUCACCACCUUCUAAGAUAAUCAACUCCACUGACACAUUUGCAAUAAACGAAGAUUUUACUGCACCAACAACCAAAGUAAAAUUACAAAUGAUAAUAGGAGUUGUACAACCAAAUAACGGUACAGGCGAACCAAACAAAGCAUCAAUAAUGGACAAUGUUGAAAGAGAGAGGCAAGAAGUGACAAAUGCUGCCAUCGUUAGGCUAAUGAAAAGCGAAAGACAUUUACAGUUCUCAGAAUUACAGGAAAAGACUGCUGUGCAGCUUGCCCAAAGAUUUACACUGUCACUGGCAACAUUUAAGGCUUGUAUAGAAACAUUGAUAGAGAAGGAAUACAUUCAGAGGGAUGUGGAUGACCAUGAAUUUCUCCACUACAUUACCUAA